UCUGCUCCUCCUCGUUGUACCGCUCACCGGUGAAACACAGUGGGCCGGACUGAGAGGGCGAGAGAGAGAGGCAGAGAGAGAGAGAGAGGCUGUGCCUACGACGCUGUGCCGGUGCACCACGGGGUACGCAUUCAAACUGACCAGCGCGUCUCUGUGGCAGCGCAGACACUCCUCUCUCCACACCAUCCAACACUGAGCAGCCUCACUGCGACUGAAGCUGGUGCAGAAGAAGAACGUGAUGCUGUCUCCUCAGGUCACUGGGACUGUGUGUGCACCAAGGGUUUGAACUCGUCAGGACAUUUCCCAGCAGCCUCUCAUAAGGCAGGGACAAUCCACCCACUGCCCUAAAGCAAAAACAACCAGCAGCUACAACUUUGCACUCCUCCAUUUGCUUUGGUCCCUAGCACCAUGGCCUUCACCCUGUCAGAGAUCAUGGCAGCAAGGCGGCAGCAGUCGCAGGCUCAGUCACAUUCACAGCGAGGCAACAGGACUGCUGUGGAGGUGGAUGAGUACAGCACCAACCCCACUCAGGCUUUCACCUUCUACAAUAUCAACCAGGGACGCUUCCAGCCGCCUCACGUUCACAUGGUUGACCCAAUGCCUCACGACACUCCAAAGCCACCGGGCUACACACGCUUUGUGUGCAUCUCGGACACACACUCCCGCACUGAUGCCAUCCAGAUGCCGUACGGGGAUGUGUUCAUCCAUGCUGGAGACUUCACCGAACUGGGACUGCCCUCCGAGGUCAAGAAGUUCAACGACUGGCUAGGUACCCUCCCCUACGACAUCAAGAUAGUAAUUGCUGGAAAUCAUGAGCUGACCUUUGACCAGGAGUUUAUGGCAGACCUCAUCAAGCAGGACUUCUACUACUUCCCUUCAGCCUCCAAGCUCAAGCCGGAGAAUUAUGAGAACGUCCAGUCACUGCUGACCAACUGCAUCUACCUGCAGGACUCCGAGGUCACCGUGCGAGGCUUCAGAAUCUAUGGCUCCCCCUGGCAACCCUGGUACUACGGCUGGGGCUUCAACCUGCCGCGAGGUCAAGCUCUGCUGGAUAAGUGGAACCAGAUCCCAGACAACACAGACAUUCUGGUCACACACUGCCCUCCACUGGGUUUCCUGGACUGGGUUCCCAAGAAGAUGCAGCGUGUUGGGUGCAUGGAGCUGCUCAACACAGUCCAGAGGAGAGUUCAGCCUAAAUUACAUGUUUUCGGACACAUUCAUGAAGGUUAUGGCAUGAUGACAGAUGGCACAACGACUUUCAUCAAUGCCUCAGCCUGCACCGUGAACUUCCUUCCCAUGAACCCGCCCAUUGUCUUUGACCUGCCCAAUCCCAGGACUACGUGACUACAGGAAUCUCAUCUGCAAACCCCUACCAUCAGUAAGGAGAAAGAAAUGAAGAGAGGUAGGUGAGGCAGCAGGCAGAAAGGACCAAAUCCUGUAAAUAUUACACAGAUGUGUGUUUAUCAUGUGCAGCACACGUCCGGAGAAUCUGAUCGUGAAGCUGACCGAGUGAGGGAAGGAGGACGCUCCCUCACACUGUUGUGUUCUGUCAUAUGCCAUCAUUUCUUCAUCUCAGCAUGGACUUUAAAAGAGAAGAGACAAGGGUUAAUGGAAGGACAGUAAAAUGCAAACGAACUGACGAUUCUUCAAAUCCUCUUUUACUGCACUGACAAUCUGAUGCUGCUCUCAGAAAUGCAAAAGACCAAUGCCUCGUCUAAGGGACGGUUUUAGCUGAACCACGGCUACACAGCACUAACGGGACAUUUGUUUUCACCAAGCUUUUCAUACUUUUGAACAUCAGUUUCCAUCUUUUUACAAAUUUCCUCCCACUAAGAACUUUUACUACUGCCCUUAUCUUCCUUGUUUGAUCCCAUCCUCAGGCCUGGAGCAUGCUGGAGUGUUCUUUUUUUCUUUCUUUUCACCAGCAUGUCUGUGCUUGAGAAAUCAAAGUGAGUGUAUGGGGGCACAAGAGGUCUAGAUGUCUGACGUGAUUCCCUUUUGCCUCAUUUGAAACUCUCAGUAAGCCUCUUAACCACUAAAGGCAGAGUCCCAUUCCUGCUUCCACGUAGUUCCCAUGUUGCUCCUCCUCCUUUUCCCUCCUCUCCAUGCUUCAUGCUAUGAAUGACUCGGUUGCUUUUUAGCCCUUGGCUGGAACGUCUGGCUCACGGACUUGCAAAGGAGACCAGGUAACAUGCAACGUAAAGGUGCUAUAAGCUAAUCUGAACAGUCAUGUCACCAGACCUGGGAGGAGUAGGAUGCUCCCUCAUGUUAUGUUAAUUAUGGAAGAUAUGGAUCUUCAACUUUUCAAGAGAAGCAAAGCUGUAACUAACUGAUCAAUGUAAAUGUUCUUUGUCAAUGUAAAGAAAAAAACUUGAAUUUUUCUUCUUGAAGAUUACCAAGUGUUGCUAUGCUUUUCAAAAAAAAUGUGUCAAGAAAUUUGUGGUUGUUACAUUUUAUUUGGUUUGUUUAGUAAUGUAAUGUAACGCUUAUUAUAGUAUUUUCUUCUUUGUGAAGCUACUCAGCCCCAUUCAGUGAGUAUUAACUCUUUUAUGUCUCUAAGCAGUUUGUGUUACAAAAAACAGUAAUUUUCUUUCGCUGCUUUAUUUCUGAAUGUGGCUGAUCCCAGUAAGAGUCUGAAUGUGCUUAGCAUAACAAGAACACGUCACACUUUGAUCUCCGACAUUAUGUAUGAAUGUUCCCCGGGGCUGCAGUUUACUCACGCUCUACUCUCGCUUCUUUCGACGCAUCAGCGUUCGUUGCAGCAGCUGACGUCUUAAUGCUUCCAAAUUGGCAAGACAGGAAAAGGGGUCAGAACCGCUCACCGAGGAACGCAAUAAUGCGGAAAACAGUAGGAGGUCCGUUUACAUGUUAGAACACAAACAUGGCACAGUUUUAGCACCUUCUCUAAAAUCCACGUUUUAAUUGUAAUUUUUUAUUUUUCAUUUCCAUUCAUCUCAGCAGGGCAAUAAGGAACUUUAAAUAAUUGACAAACCUACGUCCUUUUGCCAUUUGAUGCUGUCUAUCACACUGAUUAUACCACUUUCAUAGAUUCUUAAUCUUUGGUUAGUACUGCUCUUCCAACAUCAUUUGCUCUUGCAUCUUGACUAAAUAUGUCAUAUAUUGGUUGACAUAUUUUUUGACAUUGUAAAAACUUGUUUUAUCUGGACCUAGCUGGACCUGUUGUCAUUUAACCGGGGCCCAGCUUUUUGGUUCAGAACAUGGGUACUUUUUAAUAAGAAAGUUCAUUUAAAACCAGAAGAACCAGUAAAAUCCAGUGUAGUUGAUGAUAAAUUGCUUUUUUUUUGGUUUGUUUUCCUUGUAAAAAAUAAUUUACCCAAGGCAGAUGCCAACUUGGAUUUACAUUUCAUUUAAUAGAGAAGUGGCAGUCCAUCAUCCCAGUAUAGAGAAAAUGUUUAAACAGCUGGUUUUUGUGGCCAACAUAAAUAAUGUCUUUUUUCCACUAAAUGCUAGAAAAUUUCCUAGUGUGCUGCUUUGAGCUCACCCUCUGAACAAAAACUGUACUUACACUGCUUUGAAUCACUUUAACCUAUACAGCUGAACAAGAAGGAAUAUUUGAGUCUCUCUCUACCUGUCGCUAAAUAAUUAACUACUCCUACUUCACUAAUUGGCUGUGUUGGAUAAGAAGAACAAGAGACUGUUGUUUGUCAAAAUGUCCAGACAGUACAGGACUGUGAACAUCUCAAGAGGAGGAUUUUCAGCCUGAAACGAGGGAUACUGUAAAUCGCAGCACGUAAUUACAGUUUGAAUGUAGACAGAGGACGUUCUGUACAAAUGCAGUUUAGGUCAUUUUGCCUGUGUGAAAGUCGUCAAGACUUUAUAAGAAGCAGCCUCAUCAUUUAAAACGCAAACUUAAUUAGCAUCUAUGAAAAGAAACGUUCUGAGAAAGGAACAAAGACAAACUAUUAAAAACUAAGAGAUGGGAGGAACUUUCAUCUGGAAGCUUCAUGCAAAGCUGUCUGUUUGGUCUGACUCUCCAGCUCCAGUCCUCAUUUAGAUGUCUCUCACUUUGAUGCUCUUCUGCUUCAGUAGCUGUGUUAUGUUUCCUGUUUUAUCCUAGAAGGGAAAAAAGUGCUGUACUGUUUCUUGAUUUAUUUUCUGAGGCAUGCUUAAACAAGUUAAUGACUUCUGCUACUCAGACAAUCUGCAUAUGAAGAGUUUUGUUCCAAAAUGAGAUAUUUACCUUUUGAAACAAGGAAAGCCAGCAUGGGCAGAAUGACUGACAGCUGAGACUUGAAAGCAGGAUAACUUGUUGACAUUUCUACUUGCUGGAUUUUUCUUAUUCAAACAGUACUGGAUGCUUAGGUGUUUGGAUGAAUGGAUGUAUAGCAUUUUGGAAUUAAAGUGUUCAUAUAGUGUUGUAUUUUUGCCAUUAUUGCUGGAGACUUUUUUUAAACUGUACAAUAAGAGAAAAAGAACCAACACCUUCUGGAGACAUGUAAAGUACCUUUCUUUCUAAGGAUUCUGGUUUCUUCACAGAUUGAAUAAAGUCUUAUCUGUGACCAGUG